AUGUCGGAGAGAAGUAUGAGAUUUCCCCUGGAACGAUAUCUUCGCUUACUGAUCAUUAGGUAUGCAAUGAAGGAGAUCAACAACGAUCCCAACAUUCUCCCCAACAUCACUUUGGGCUUCCAGAUCUAUGAUUCUUGUCGAGUUCUCCAGAAGGAACUUGAAGGCACCUUAUGGAUGAUAACAGGCCAGAACAGAGCUAUACCCAAUUACCAGUGCCAAAAGAGGAAUCGACUGGCUGCUUUCAUUGGCUACAGUACAUCCACGUUCUCAAUGCUCAUGGCUCACAUUCUGGGCGUCAUCAGGUAUCCACAAAUCAGUCAUGUUUCGACCAGCUCCCGUCUAAGUGACAAGACCCAGUUCCCAUUCUUUCUUCGCACAGCUCCAAGUGAUGCUUUCCAAUCCAUAGGACUGGCCCAACUGUUGUUGUAUUUCCAAUGGACCUGGGUGGGGAUGAUCGCUGAUUCUAAUGAUUAUGGAUACCAGGGCAUACAGGGAGUGAGACAAGAAUUUAUCAAAUCUGGAGCUUGUGUGGAAUUUUUGGAGUAUAUUCAGAGCAGUCGUUCAGAUCGCAACAUUCCACGUAUCAUCCAGACCAUCAAAAAGUCCAGAGCCAAGACAAUAAUUAUCUUUACAUCUGAAGCUGACCUCAUACCUCUUUUUGAUGAAUGUCUACGUUAUAAUAUCACUGGGAAGCUUUGGGUGGCCAGUGACGGCUGGGCAACAUCCAACUUGCUAGCUUUUGAAAAAUAUGCCAAGCUUCUUACAGGAACCCUGGGCUUCUAUUUUUCUGUUGAACAAAUUCCAGGGUUCCAGGACUAUGCUGAGAAUUUUAAUUUCUCCAAAGUGUUAGAAGAGCCCUGGGAUAGGAUGUUUUGGGAAAAUAAUAUUGGUUGUACUUUUUUGGAUGUCAAAAACAUAACCUUCAACCGUGAAAGGCCAAAUAGGAAUUGCACAGUGGAUGACAGAUUGGAGAACUUUCAGAUAAGCCUGAAUAAUGUAUCUAACUUCGGAAUGUCAUAUAACCUCUACAAUGCUAUCCAUGUAAUUGCUAAAGCUAUGCAUGACCUGAGUUUAUGUAGAGUUGGAGAAGGUCCUUUUCUAAAUGGAAGCUGCUCAGAUGUUUUGAACAUUAAGCCAUGGCAAGUUCUCCAUUACAUGAAGAAGGCUCGAAUAAAGUUAAGCAGUGGAAAGGAUUUGUUUUUUGAUGAGAAUGGAGACCCUCCUCCAUCAUAUUAUAUUGUCAACUGGCAAAUGGAACUGGGAGGUUCCAUCAAACAGGUUAAAGUGGGAAAUUUUACCAGCACAGCCCUUUAUGUUAACACCAGCUCUGUCCAGUGGCCAUUCGGUAAUGAAAAUGUUCCAAUAUCUAUAUGCAGUAAAAGUUGUCUACCAGGUUCUCGAAAAGCUUCCAUCCAAGGAGAACCAAACUGUUGCUAUGAAUGUGUUCCUUGUUCACAAGGAGAGUUUUCCAAUAAAACAGAUGCAAGUAAUUGUUCUACUUGUCCUUGGAAUAAAUGGCCAAGUGAAGAAAAGGACAGAUGUCUACUAAAACCAAUUGAAUAUCUCUCAUAUGAAGAAACAUUGGGCAUCACGUUAGCAUUCACCAGUGCUACUUCAUCGUUUGUACCCAUAGCUAUCCUAGGGCUACUCAAUUGUUACAAGACCACCCCCAUUGUCCGUGCCAACAAUUACACCAUCAGUUGUCUUCUUCUCAUCAGCUUGUCCCUUUGUUUUUUGUCUUCCCUGGCAUUCAUCGGCUAUCCUGGAAAAGAGAAGUGCCUCCUACGUCAAGUGGCGUUUGCCCUGGUUUUUGCAUUCUGUAUUUCAUGUAUUUUGGCUAAGACUAUCUUGGUAAUGAUUGCCUUUAGAGCUACAAAACCCAACAGUGAUUUACGAAGGUGGGCCAGACCUCAUGUGUCCUAUCUAGUCAUAUCUAUGGGCACUGUCAUUCAGUUCCUGAUCUGUACAAUAUGGCUUAUUAUUUCUCCUCCCUUCCCUGAAUUUAAUGUCAAAGCUAAGACUGAAGUCCUAGUUUAUGAAUGUAAUAAAGGUUCUUCCACAGCAUUUUGGUUUACUUUAGGAUAUAUGAGUUUCUUGGCCCUUAUUAGUUGUCUUGUUGCUUUCUUGGCUAGAGAACUUCCUGAUAGGUUUAAUGAGGCCAAGUAUAUCACUUUCAGCAUGUUGGCGUUCCUCACUGUAUGGGUGUCCUUCAUUCCAGCUUCAGUAAGUACUAGUGGUAAAUACACUGUGGCCAUGGAGGUCUUUGCUAUCAUGUCCUCUAGCUGGGCCAUACUCUGUUGCUUUUUUUUCCCAAAAUGCUAUAUUAUUUUGUUUCAUCAUCAAGCAAACUCCAGGAAGAACCUUCUUGGCAAACAUAUCAUGUAA